AGCAGAAACUCGUACCAGCAGGCAGGUUCCGCGGUGCGGAAAGUUGGGCGUGUUGAAGUGAUUCGCUUUUAUAUCGUUAAAUUUCUACGCCCAUGCCUAGAUUGCAUAGAAAAUAAUCCACGUUACAAUGUAUGUUUUCUUUUUGCAACGGAGAGCUGGGUAAGCCUUCGACUUCUCAUGGAGGAGUCAUAAAUUUUGACGCUCCCGGCUGACCGUAGUUGUUUUCGAAACCUGCAGAGUGAUCUUCCCGUCAAGAGAGGCUGCUGUCAUUUGACACCUCUAUGGGCUUACUGAAUGUAGGUCAGCUUGCACUAAGAGCUGUCAGAUGCUACCUGAGUCCCCUUUCAACACCAAAAUCAUGGCUUUCCACCAAAGCUUCCCUGCCGGGGGGCAAGAACAUCCUGCUCAUGGGUCCUCCUGGAGCAGGGAAGACCACAGUGGGGAGGAUAGUGGCCCACAGACUGGGGCUGCCCGUGAUUGAUGUUGAUGAUGAUGUCUUGGAGGCGACAUGGAAGAUGCCUGUUGCUGCCAAGCUGGCAGCAGUCGGCGGGGAGCGUUUCCUGGAGGAAGAAGGCCAGGCUUUGUGUAACUUCUCCGCCUCUGGGUGUGUUGUUUCCCUGACAGGCUCCAACCCUCUUCACGCUGCAGCGAUGCAGCACGUCAAAGAGUCCGGACUGGUCAUCUACCUGGACGUGAACAGUGAAGACAUCAUUCAGAGGCUCGCCAGGAUGAAGGUGAGCAGGAUAGUGGGCCAGGAAGCAGGGGUACCCAUGAGGGACAUUCUGCGUUACAGGAAACAGUUUUACGAGAAAUGGCUUGACGUGAGGGUGCUGUGUGGAACAGGGGACACGGUGGAGGAGGUGGCGGAGAAGGUGCUGAAGGCUGUGGAGAGAUAUCAGAACCACGCUGCAGAAACCUACGUGUCAACCAGGAAUGACAGUGUGGAGUCGUCCAAUCAGAAAACAUACUUUAGUGAUGUGGUGGUUGAAGGUCUGGCCACAGAUGGAGGCCUCUAUGUUCCCAAAAAUGGCUUCCCAAACAUUGAUGCUCAUGAAUGGUUGAGACUAGCUGACAUGUCAUACCCGGAACGAGCGUUAGUUUUACUUGAAAAGUGCAUACACCCGUUGGACAUCCCUGCUGUGGAUCUGAGAACGAUGAUUUUCAACGCAUAUGGGUCUAACUUUUCUAGUGAGGCAGUAGCACCUGUAAAACAUCUCAUCCUCAAUCAGUAUGUCCAGGAGCUUUUUCACGGCCCCACCGCCUCAUUUAAAGACCUCGCCUUGCAGCUGAUGCCCCAGCUUUUCGCCUACUGCCUUCCACCCAUGUGCAACUACCUCGUCCUGGUAGCCACAUCUGGAGACACUGGAAGUGCCGUGCUGAGUGGCUUCAGCAGGCUCAGUGGCGCCGAAAGACACAGGACCGGGGUGCUGGUGUUUUUCCCCGAGGAAGGCGUGAGUGAGAUUCAGAAGCUUCAGAUGACGAGCUGCAGGGAGGGCAACGCCAGAGCCGUCAGCGUCCUGUCAGACUUUGACUUCUGUCAGAGAACAAUAAAGAGGAUGUUUGGAGAAUCUGGGCUGACGGGGCACCUCGCUGUAGAGUACGGCACAGUCCUCAGCACCGCCAACUCCAUCAACUGGGCACGGCUGUUACCACAGGUGGUGUACCAUUCCUCAUCCUAUCUGGAUCUAUGCAGAGACGGUGUUAUCAAGUUUGGGGACCCUAUUGAUGUUUGCAUCCCUACCGGUAACUUCGGUAAUGCCAUGGCAGCUGUGUACACCAAGCAAAUGGGGGUCCCGAUAAGAAAAGUCAUCUGUGCGUCCAACCACAACCGCAUCAUCACAGACUUUAUCACCACAGGCGAGUACGAUCUCCGUGGACGGCCUCUGAAGCUCUCCCACUCCCCGGCUAUAGAUAUCCUGAAAUCCUCGAACCUGGAGAGGUUUAUCUAUCACGUUUCAGAUGGCAACGGCCGUCUUGUCGAAGAACUGUUCACUCGCUUAGACAGACAGCAGCACUUUCAGGUUCCCGAGCAUCUUCUUGGCAGGGUACAGCAGGAAGUGCAGGCUGGCUGGUGCUCUGAAGACGACUGCUUGGCCGGCAUCCAGAGGGUUCACGCACAGACGGGCUACGUCAUGGACACGCACACCGCCGUGGCUAAAGUUGUGGCUGAUAGGCUGCAGGACGGUUCGUGCCCCGUGGUGCUUUGCUCCACUGCUCACUACGGGAAAUUUGCUCCCGCUAUCUUCAGAGCCUUACAAAUCCAAAGUAUUCCAGAGCAUCCUGCUGAGCACCUGAAGAAGCUCGGAUCAACUGCAUGUGGACCAGAAAUACACAGAGACAUGAUGAAAUGCCUGACAGAAAGUGACAGGACGGGACACACCGUCUGUCAGGCAGAUUACAGCGUGCUUGUAGAAGAAGUGGAGGGCAUGAUACAGGACUCCUUCUUGAAAGUUAUGUAAGAUUUUAGCUUUUGUUGGUGUCCACCUUAAAUUAAUGUCAGCUUAAAAUUCAAUUAAUUAUUUGCCAAAAAGUAUAUUCCUCAUGUGUCCUGUUUGUAUCACGUACUCUUCAUUCUUCCAGUGUAUUGUAAGCACAUUUAACAAAUAAGGAAAAAAGGUGCAAGACGUUCAAACAAAAAUGAACAAUGAAAGAAAAAGUGGAUUUAAAAAGGCCAAAAUCCUGCCUGAGCCUGCGGGAUUGAGGGAAAAAAAUUAACAACACAUUGACUCUGAUUAUACUGUAACAGAGCUCUAAACUGUUUUCUAAUUCGAUUUAAAGCCUAUUAAUUACGCAACAUUUCUUUACAUCAUCAUCUAGAGCCCAGGCCCACUAGAUGGGGAUGUCUGCCUCUUGGCCACUGCCUUGCGGACACACUGGUACACUGUACAGGGAAUUAUUUACUGCCCAAGGGAGAAGGUUAAAUAGACUAAUGCGUGUGAUCAGUAUCUUUAAUCAGGGAGAGAAUCAGCUUCCUUAAGUUAAUUGUGUGACGACCGUGCCCAGGCACUAGGUGUCCUGUGUCUUUUUGUCUGCCUUGUCUUGCAGGAUGUGGUUCUGGGAGGUCGUCAUCAGCUGCAUGAGCUACACCUGGGCCCUGAGUGGUUGGGAGCUAUAAAGCUCACCACCUUUUUGUCACUCUCUCUCUGUCAUUGCGCGUGCAGCUGUUGUUUGCUUUUGUGAUGUUACUGACAUUUCACACACAUACAUACUAACAUGAAUGAUACUGAUUUCCAGGUUAUUAUCUUUGUUCAGUAUCAUUUCAUAAAAUAAAUUUACUUUCUUCAUAUAAA